AUGGGUGGUCGUCAUGGACCUGCACUGCUCCCUGUUGUGUUGCUCUGCGCGAAAGAAGAACUCGUACCUUGCAAGUUCCUCAGUCUGGAUCGGGAAGAAGUUGCCCUAGUCUCGAAGAAAGGCGAACUCGAUACGAUGAUAACAAAGCGUGUUACAUCGAUGGAAAAUGCUACAAGCAACUCGAAAAAAGCCCCAAUGGCUGCAAUCAAUGCCAAAAGGACUAUUCAAGAAAUUAUUGGAAAAGGCUUUCCCAAGGAACAUGCGACGACGGCAACAGUUGCACGGCUAAUGAUACCUGUCAGUCCGGAUGUUGCAUCGGAAAACCAUACGGAUGCCUCCACUGCCAGAGGUGCAAUGGCGAUGGCACUUGCGGUCUUGCGUUUGGUUGCCUCACGUCACCGUCUACGUGCGGUUGCCGCAUCGGCAGUGACUGUUACCGCGACGGUCAAUUGAAUCCAGACAACGGAGUGCAAAUGUGCGAUUAUAAUGAGAGUGCCCAGAAAUGGUCGAAUGUGUCGGCAGGAUAUGACACUGUCGUGUUGCCUAAUCCUAAUGAUUGAGGCGACUGCUGCGCUGUUGUCAUAUGCCUAGACAUACCUAAAUUUUGAUGGCGUUUGUUGUUUUUUGACUGUUCAGCGCUAUAAUCAAUCUUUUAGACAUGACGUUUGGAUUGGAUUGCGUAUAUGAUGUUUGCUCUCUAGUGUACAUGUGCUAGUGUGACCUUAGCUUAUUGUUUGACGUUGUUGACUGAUUGUGGUAAUUACAAAUUGUGUUUUUAACUUUGUUUACUGCAGUAUAAUAUAAAAUUUGUGGGUUUGGGCU